AUGUACGCAGUGACUGUGGAAAACCACACAAGAGUGACUGAGUUCAUUCUCCUGGGAUUCAGCAACCACCCACCUCUUCAGGUUUUCCUCUUCGUGCUCAUCCUGGUGGUCUACACCAUAACUGUGGUGGGCAAUGUAGGCUUGAUCAUUGUAAUAAGUAUUGACCCACAGCUCUAUACUACCCCCAUGUACUUCUUGCUUAGGAACCUGUCCUUCAUAGACCUCUGCUACUCCAGCAGCGUUGCACCCAAAGCCCUGGUCAACUUCUUCUCUAAGAGCAAAACCAUUUCCUACAAUGGAUGUGCCACCCAGUUUUUUUUUGGUGGUCUCUUUGUUUCCACUGAAGGAUUCCUUCUCGUAGCAAUGUCUUAUGACCGCUUCACGGCCAUCUGCAACCCUCUGCUCUAUCAGGUGAACAUGCCCAGGAGGAUGUGUUACCUGUUGGCUCUGGGUUCCUACCUCUGUGGUGGCUUCAAUACUGCUGUGCACACCACUCUAAUGUUCCAGCUGGACUUCUGUGGGCCCAAUGAGAUCGACCAUUUCUUUUGUGACCUCCCACCACUGCUAAAACUCUCAUGCAGUGAAACGUACAUCAAUGAGAUUGUAUUGUUCUCCUUCUCUACUGUCUUCAUAGUAACUGCAUCUGGUGCCAUCCUAGUCUCCUACACCUACAUUGCUUCUGCCAUCCUGGGGAUUUGCUCUCACUCAGGCAGGCUUAAAGCUUUCUCUACCUGUGCUUCCCAUGUCAUGGCUGUGGCGCUAUUCUUUGGUGCAACCUUCUACAUGUAUGCAGUACCCUCCGAGACAUCGUCCCCAAACCACUUAAAGGUUGUCUCAAUGUUCUAUUGUCUGCUGAUCCCCAUGCUCAACCCCAUAAUCUACAGCCUUAGGAACAAGGAUGUAAAAGAUGCACUGAAGAAGACAAUGGAGACCAAACUACUAUUAACAAUGAACCAUCUCAUCUGA